UUUGGCGGCGAAACGUAGCAAGCUUGCCGCUUUUUUUCUGAGAAUAUCUUUUUCUUGUCAUGUGGUAGGGGAUAGAGGGUGGGGUCUCGUGCAUCGCGGAUCUCGUGUAUCGUGUUAGCCCGUUGUUCAAUGUCGUAGGAUCAUCUCAAUUUCUUUCUGUCGUUUGGUAGUCCAUAUAGGAAGAUGCGACGAUAUUUCGUCAUCCGAAGCUUCUAAUCACGCAACAAAGAAACACUACCGGUCUGUUCUAUGCGAAAUAAACUUUUGCGCUGUAAUUCUCCUGAAUUUGCGAAACUGGAUAAGCAGUGAAAUCACUUUUUGAGCAGUUCCGUGGUCAUAUCAAUAUAUAUUCACAGGAACCAGGAAGGAAAAAGACGUAAUCGUGAUCUCAUAAAAUUCGUACCAGGUUUGUCCGCUUGAACUGCUUGAAGACCAACUUAAAUUAUUGGUGGAAAAAAAUGGUGCAAUUUUUCAAUGAAUCAAGAAUCCAUGCAAAAAAAUACUCCACAGAAUACAAAUGGACAUUAAAAGAUUGGUCGCUGCUUUACGAAACUGUAUACGAAGAUAGGAUUGAUUCUGAUGAUUUUUAUCUCAAUGGGACAAAUGGAUAUACUUGCAAGCUUUCCUUAAGACCUACAAAUGAUGAUUGGCCUUUGAAAAUAACAUUUUCAGACACUUUGAACAUUCUAGUAAUCAAAGUAACUGUUUCCCUAUUGAAUUUUGAUUCUUUCGAUUGGAUUCACCACCAGCCAAUUGACGAAACCUAUCACUAUGCCUUCCCCUAUCAAUCACUACGAAAAGGGCAUUUGAAUUAUGUGCUAAAAGAGAUUAAUUGUCUAGACGAUACAGUGACUUUGGUAGUGAAGAUAACGAUUGUAACAUCUUUUGACAUUGUUACAUCCUCUAACGAAACAGCGCUAAGUCUCAAAACUCUUUCCCAAGACAGUAAAAAUUUUUCAUCGAAUGUUCUAUCAAACUUGAAUGAGAAGUUUCGCUCCAAUAUUCUCUGUGAUGUUACAUUAGAGUUGGGAGAUUCCAAAAUUCCAGCACACAAAGUAAUUCUCGCGGCGCACAGCAAGGUUUUUGAAGCAAUGUUCACAAAUCCUAUGAAAGAGCAACACGAAAAUGAUAUCAAAGUCAUAGACAUGGAAGUAGAGGUAUUCAAAGAAUUUCUCAAUUAUUUGUACACCGGGGAAGUAACUGAUUUAGACAAAAUGGCUGACGAAAUAUUAGCAGUAGCAGAUUAUUAUCAAGUCUCACCCUUAAAAACCAUAUGCGAAGUGUAUAUGUUGGAAAACCUCUGUGAAGAUAAUGCUGUCAAAUACAUCAUUUUUGGGGAUAAGUUCUCCUGCAAAGCAUUAAAAGAUGAAGCUCUUCAUUUUCUUCGCCAAAGUCAAACACUGCUUGAGAAAGCUCUUAUUGAGGAAAGUUCAGAAACAAUUACAUGCUUGAAAGCAAUACUAAAAAAUAACACCGUCGAAAAUUAACUGUAUUGAGAGAAUUAUCAAAAGUAAUAAGAGUUUUCCUUUGAUCAAGACAUGUGUAUUCAGCAGUUCUAGGAAACUUAUUGCUUUGUCAUUCUUAUCAUAUCUAUUUUUAAGUGAAAAAUUAAUGUAAUGGUAUAUAUUAGAUAUGUAUACUGAUAAGUUGAAAAACGUUGUGUACAUUUUAUUACGGCGCAGUAGGUGGGUAGGAGAUGAUGAUGACAAAAACCAUCACCAUUUUCUACCGUAACUCAAGACUCUGAUACGAAAUCUUUGAAGCAUACGCUCGAUCACAAAUUACAUAGAUGCAAGAAGAUUAUUUGUAAAGACAAAUGUGUCUUAUUUUGUUGGAUCUUUUUUGUCGUUUGGUCAGUGUAUCAAGAGAUAUAUUGGGAUUGAGAUGGGUUGCUAGCAGUAGAAGUUAAUGGCACACGAUGAAAAUGUUUAACAUAAUCGCGUAUACGCUUUCGUCGUGCGGUAAUAUUUUUUUACUAGAUUAAAUUUGAAUGUUACAAAAAGCGUUUCAAAGACCCAAACAACUUAUUUUUUGCAAUAUUUGCAAAAAGUGAUUUUAUAGUUGCAAAACAUUUGAAAUUUCGACAAUAUUCGCAUAAAUUAUAGAGAUGCAAGUAAAUUUCAGUAUAUAUAAACAGGUCGAACAUAGAUUCAAAAUAACAAUAAACUCAUGAUUCAAUUGAACAUUUUUAUUGAAAACAACAUACAAAAUAAAGAUUAUAUUAUUAAUUUUUGAGUUUCGUUUUCGCAAUUAGUUAGUAUUUCGAAUUAUAACAUUCACGAAUAUUAAAAAUUCGUUUGAAACGGCGAGAAGUACAGUAUUUAUCGAAUUCGUACCAAUUCUUUGAUGUCAAAUGGUCAGUCAUAUUCAAAAAGUAAUUCACUGGUUUGGUAUUAUUUGCAAAUUAUUACUAAAACCCGUUUCUGACAACAUUUUUAGUUAUGAAAACGUCUUGUUCUUGUAAUUUCUCUUUAUUCAAAUCUACUGGCGAAGUAUGCAUACAAAUUUAACUUUUGAAGUAAUUGGACAAGAUUUUUCUUCAUAAUAAAUUAAGCUUUAAGUUUGAAAAAAGGAUCUGUAGUGGUAUAUUGGUAGUUAUGAAUUUCACGAAUUGUUAAAACAUGAGAGAAUUUCAAAUUAUAAACAAGCAGAAGAUAUCUUCACUGGGUGGAAAGGAAAUAAUUUUCUUUUCUAAAAAACAUCUCUGAAGACAAGUUUGUGUAAAUGCUCAAAUACACAUUUUUAUACAAGAAA